GAUGAAAUGGCAUCGUUAUUGUUACGCACAGAGAUCCUCGCUAUUCGAUGCGUAGGAAAUAUCAUAUUUAUAGGUAUGGGACCUACUCUCUAUGUAUUCAGGAAUUGCAAAUUUGAGUGCAAGUUGGAUUGUCUGUAUCCAAGUAAUAUACAUGGUAUUGUAAUAGGAACGGAUAAAAUAUUAGCUGUAUUUGGUGCCAAGUCUAUAUGCAUUUGCAAACUUGUUGAAAUAGAGCACAACAUAAGAAUAAGAAAACAAAGUACUAAUCAAUUCAAUGAUUGGAUAAUUGCUGCAAAGUGGAUAUCAUUUAAGAAAGAAAUACGAUUGGCAGUUCUAUUUGCUCAUAAUUAUAUAUCUAUAUAUAAUAUAUUUAAUAAAACUUGUCAAAUUAUACGCUGUGAAGAAACAUGCAUUCUCUAUGGCGGUUCUAUAUCAGGAAUUUCUCAAGAGAAUUUAGUUAUUUUCAGUGGAACUGUAUUUCAAGAAAUUUUAAUAUGGAAAGUAGACAACAGAUGUAAUGACACUAAUAAAAGAAUGCCAGUUUUGCAUCGUUUAAUAGGACACAAGGGUGUUAUAUUCUCUGUUAUUUGUGAUCCAUCUUUGCGAUUUAUUUGUUCUACAUCUGAUGAUAGAAGUGUCAGAUUCUGGAAAGUAACAGAAGAUGAAAAUUCCAAAAGCAACAAUAUAAACUGGCAGACAGUAAAAAUAGUACCAAUAAAAGCAAUGUUUAUGCACACAGCAAGAGUGUGGAAAGCUUUAAUUAGAAAUGACAUUGUUUUAACAAUAGGAGAAGAUUCACUUAUAUGUACAUGGUCACUCUCAGGUAAUUUACUUAAUAAAACUCAUUAUAAAGCUCCUAUAUGGAGUAUUGACAUAUCUGAAGACAAUAUAGUAUAUGUGGGUGGAGGAGAUGGAUCUGUGCAUAUGCAACCUUUUGAACAUUAUAAAAGCCUAGAAACAAUUUUUCUAUCUGGUGGCAAUGAUACAUGUAAUUUUCCUAAAUAUGUCUCCUAUUUGUAUGAUGAUACAAUUUUAGUCUUUACUGAAUUGGGAACGCUUUUACAUUACAACAAAGAAAUGAUGCUUAAAAACACUAUAUACUUAACAAAAGAACACUAUUAUAUCGUGCAAGUUUCUCCAAAUCGCAAUUUUGUUGCUCUUGCAUCUAGAGACGGAUAUGCAAUAGUAUACGAAGAGUACCUUGGGACUUUACGACAGUUUACGGAGAAAAACAAAAUAAUGGAUUCACAAAUCUUAUCUUUGCAAUGGUUAAACAAUUCUGAUUUGAUAGCUUGUGGAACAAAUGGUCUUUUGAAAUUAUUGAGUGGUAAUCUUACAGUGCAUGCAGAAUGCAUAUUGCCGCUCAGUAGAGAACGUUGGUUGACUGCAGCUAUAAUCUAUAAAGAUGUUAAUCCUCCUGUGAAUUACGGGAUAUCAUAUAAUUUGUUAAUAUGUGGGGAUAGAGCUGGAAAUAUUUAUGUAUAUGAUCUGAAAUAUAUAUAUUUUGACACAGUUAUUAACAUAGAUAUUAGUAGAAAACCUAUUCAAACACUUAAUAAGAUUCAUGGUAAAAUAGGAGUUCAAUCAUUUUGUAUAUUUGGAGAAAACUUGAUAACAUCUGGACGUGAUGGAAUGUUGAGAUUUUAUCAAAUACAUUUAAUAAAGGACUCUUUUAUAUAUACAAAGCCCUUGGUAAUGCUGCAUAAAAAAAAAAUGCCAAUGGACUGGAUUAGUGGCAUGUUAAAAGUGAAUACAAAAAAAAUAGGAGGGAUGGAAAAAAAUGAGAUUUUUUUUGUAUUUGGUUUUAAACAGGUGGAAUUUAUAAUAUAUAACUUGUUGAAUGAAAACGUAAUCGUCAGAAUUCCUUGCGGUGGCGGUCAUAGAUCGUGGGACUGUGUAAUAUCGCACACAAAAGCCAGUUUUGUUUAUAUUAAAAAUAAACAGGUCCAUGUACGUGAUAUGAAUUCUUCUCUUUUUCUUUCACAUCCUAUUUUACAGAAUGGAUUUCACAUAAAAGAGACUUGUUGCUUACGAUACAUUUCAAUUAAACAAUCAGAUCAUUAUCGAGAAAAUAUUUUUAUAUCCGGUAGUGAAGACUGCACUCUUCGUAUCAGUAGUAUUUUUGAAUACGAUUUUCAAUGGAACGUUUUCAAAAAUUUAGGAACUUUUAAUGGCCAUCUUUCGGGUAUUAGAUGCUUAAGUGUUGUUGAAUUAAACAUGUUACAUGAAUCCGAGUUUCAAUACCUAGUCUUUUCUGGUGGAGGAAGAGCACAAUUGAAGAUUUGGAAGCUAAACUUCAACUUCCAAAGUAUUAACCCAAAAAAUCCACAUUCAAUAAAAAAAUUAAAUAUGUCAUGUUUCGAUAUGAAUUCUCAUAUGCUCUAUAAACAAAAUCAGUAUUGUAAAAAACCAUGGCAGGAAACUAAGCAAUCCUGUAUCGAAGAACCAGAAACACGUUAUAUGGAUAUUUAUGCCUAUUACCCUAAAUUAAAUUAUGUAUUAAUCUUUGUAGCUUGUGCAGACGGAUAUUUAAGACUAUUUGUAUAUGAUAUUAUAACUAACAAUACAUAUUUGAAAGUAUCUACUAAAUACAUAGAUCGUUGCAUUUUGAAGAUACACAUAUUAUUAUUCAAACCCAAAGUAAUUGUAUUAACAAUGAGUACAGACGGAAAAUUACGUUUUUUCGAUUUUACCGACAUGGUCUCGAAAAUACACGAGGAUGCAAAUUCUGGGAACCAGAAUAUUUUGAAUUUCGACAAUAUUCCUUUUGCAGAAUUUAGCUUGCAUCAGUCAGGAAUUAAUUGUUUUGAUUUAAAGGAUAUGAAUGAAAAUGAAUAUCUUUUAGUUACCGGUGGCGAUGACAAUCUUCUCAAUGUCAUCUAUUUUCAAAUUUAUCUAUCAGAAAAUAAACUAUCAGCUGAAAUAUUAUCCAAAUGGAAUACAGCAUCCGCACAUUCCACACAAAUCGUUGGUGUGAAAUUGAAAAGCAAUAUAAUAUGUAGCGUGGGAAUAGAUCAGCAAGUUAUUACCUAUAAUUAUUCAUGUUCCAAUGGAGUCGUACAUGUAGAUAUCUUAAAUCAAGUAUUUACAUCUGUUACGGAUGUGCAAGGCAUGGAAUUAUAUGGUUAUCCCAACCACGAUAAAAGUUGGAACGAUUUUAUUUGUAUAUAUGGACGAGGAUUUGAAAUAAUGUCCAUUUAAAAUUUCACACAAAGCAUUAUUUGUGUAAAAAAUAUUUU